AUGUUUCACAGAGCUUUUUUUAGCAAUUUGCGUAAAUUUGACGCCUAUCCUAAAACAUUAGAUGAUUUCCGCAUUAAGACAUGUGCAGGAGCUGCAAUUACAAUUAUAAGUGGAGUGAUCAUGACAUUGUUGUUCUGGAGUGAGUUUAUCUUCUUCAUGACAAAUGAGAUUCAGCCAGAACUGUUCGUUGAUGUGUCAAAGGGACAAAAGUUGAAAAUUAACUUGAACAUCACCUUUCAUCACAUUGGAUGCUCAUUUCUGACGAUUGAUGCAAUGGACGUUUCCGGGGAGCAACAAAUUGAUGUCGACCACAACAUCUACAAGUUGAGGAUUGACAACAAGGGCUUUUUCAUUGAUGACUCUCCUCAAAAAGAAGGUCUCAAUACAGUGUCAACAGUGGCUCCUCUAGACCCAAACAGAUGUGAAAGUUGUUAUGGAGCUGAAACAGUCGACAUCAAGUGCUGCAACACAUGUGAUGAUGUGAGGGAAGCCUACAGAAGAAGAGGGUGGGCUUUUUCAAUUGACCUUGACAUUGAACAAUGCAAGAGAGACCACAUGAAGAUAAAGAUCAAACAGCAACUCUCUGAAGGAUGCAUUGUCUUUGGAUAUCUUGAAGUCAACAAGGUGGCAGGGAACUUCCACAUGGCUCCAGGUGUCAGCUUCUCACAGAACCACAUGCACGUACAUGACAUGCAGGCAAUUGGAACAACAUCUUUUAACACGAGUCACACGGUUAAUCACCUUUCAUUUGGUGAAGACUACCCAGGCCAAAACAACCCACUAGAUGGAUCAGUCCUUACUGCUCAUCAAUUGUCGACCAUGUUUCAUUACUAUGUGAAAGUUGUCCCAACGACGUAUUCCAAACUGAACGGAGAGACGAUAUACACCAACCAAUACUCGGUUACGAAGCACACAAAGAUUUACACUACUGGCUUCUUUGGUGACUCUGGUCUGCCUGGCAUCUUUUUCACCUAUGAACUCUCUCCCAUGAUGGUCAAAUACACUGAGAAGCGAAGAUCGUUCACUCAUUUCUUGACCGGUGUGUGUGCUAUCGUUGGCGGUGUUUUUACAGUUGCAGGAUUGUUUGAUUCUCUGCUCUAUCAUUCCUCAAGAGCCAUUCAAAAGAAAAUGGAGCUUGGGAAGGCUUCUUAGGAAAUUUUUUUACGAUUGUUCAUUUCGUGGCGUUUUUAAAUAUAGCUAUGAACAUAAUUUAUUUAUUGUAAUUGUUAUGGAUUUUACUUAUUAACCAAAAAAUUGUACAGGGGUGAUAGAUUUUAACACAAACCUUCGGUACUGGUUAUGCUAAUAAAAAUUUUUUUAUAAUUUCUAAUUUUUAAGUCGUGGGCGUUAUUCAAUAAUAUUAGAGAAUGUAAAUUUGUUAACUCUAACAUCUGGUGGGGGCCUGUCAUAUCGAAUGUAUAAUUGUAAAUUUGUCUACCCAAGUUUCAAAAUUAUUUUUCUGUAAUUAUUUUAUUAUUCAUCAUUUUCCGUGACAAUAAAUGUGU